AUGCAGCCCAUCAAAUUCUACGGCAAAUGCCCCAGCGCCAAUCCCUUCAAAGUCGAAAUAUUCCUCAAAGAACUCAACCUCUCCUACGAAAGCAUCCUUAUACCGUUCAGCGACGUCAAAAAGCCCUAUUUCGUCGCCAUCAACCCCAACGGCCGCCUGCCGGCCAUCCACGAUCCCAACACGGGCAUUACACUGUGGGAGUCCGGUGCCAUUAUUGAAUAUCUUAUCGAGCAGUACGACAAAGACGAGCGGCGCCUCAGCUUCGCUCCCGGUUCGGCCGAGGCGUACCACGCGAAGCAGUGGCUCUUUUUUCAGGUUAGUGGCCAGGGCCCCUAUUACGGGCAAUUCGGCUGGUUUGUCAAGUUCCAUGCCGAGAAGAUCCCCAGCGCCAUUGAGCGGUAUGUAGGGGAGAUCAAUCGUGUGUCAGGCGUGUUGGAUUCAUGGCUCGCCAAGCAGCAGCAGGAGUUUGCUGAUGCGGACCUAACGGCAAACGGGCCCUGGCUGGUCGGGAAUAGACUGUCUUAUGCCGACCUAGCAUUUGUUCGCUGGCACAUGAUUGCCGGCAUCUUUGCGACUAAGGAGCAGUUUGAUGAGGACAAUUAUCCGUAUUUGAAGGCUUGGAUAGCCAAGAUGGUGGCGCGAGAUUCGGUGCAGCAGACCAUUCAGGAGAAUCCGAAUGGGGAAUAA